GUCGUCGUGUCUGGUUGGGUUUUUGGUUUCGUGCGUGCUCCCGGUCGCGCUUAUUGGUGUUUUUCACUCUUGCUAGUCUAGUACAAAUUUUGAUGGUGGGUUUGGCUGGGUGGUGCAGUUCUAAAAGCAUAUCUCCAGCAGCAUAAGCGAGAAAACAACUAACCCGGAAAAUUGCCUGGAUGGAUUCGCUGCUGUGAUAAGGAAGUGGAAAGUUGUCAAAUCGAAUUAGAUUCAUUUUGUGGUGCUUGAAAAGUUUGGAAAGGUGCCCUUUUGUGUCCCGGAGGCCAAUCGGUGUGGUUGAAAAAUUUGGCAGUAUUAAUAGAUUAUUAGAUUGGGCUACUGGUGGUGGGUGUUUCUUUUUUAUUGCGAAAAAGUGUGCUGAAGAAAAGAGAUCUGCUAUCAAAAAUGGAUGGCGAUAGUGCUCAAUCGUUCUGUGACUACAAACAACAAGUGUCAGCGGUUCCCCAAUACGGGCUCAAGCUCAAGUUUAACCAUGUCUAUCCGGAGAGCAGGAACCAGAAUCUGAAGCCUUCUCUUCGUCAGCUAUGGCCAAUCAUUCCGAUGGCAUUCAGAUACAUCCCCUACUACUGGAAGGCGACACGCGACGGCCGCCAGGCGCUUAUGGACUACUGGUACACGGAGACGGGCAAGCAGAUUUACGGGGCCCCGAUCGGUGGAAUUGGCGCCGGCACCAUUGGGCGGGGUUUUGCCGGCGAGUUUUGCCGGUUCCAGCUGCGACCGGGCCUCUACGAGUACAACACCGUGCACGCAAAUCAAUUCAUCGUCACCAUUAAGGACGAGAACAAUGUGACCAUAUUCCAGAGUUUGCUUUCCUCCUACAGUCGACCAAAAAGCCCUCUUGGUAGCUGGGAAAGUAACAUCAAUUCAUCCAAAUGCAACUACACUGCCCUGUAUCCGAGGGCUUGGUCCGAGUACGAUCUCAGCGAGCAUGGUAUCAAACUGAUCCAGCGACAAAUCUCGCCCAUCAUCCCCCAUGACUACAAGGAAAGUUCACUGCCGGUGGCCGUAUUCGUGUGGACCGUCGAGAACGUGUGCGGCAAAGAUCGGCAGGUUACGAUCACCUUCACGUUCAAAAACGGAACCGGAAACAAGAAGCACGACAACGAAGGCAAUGCCAAGAGUAUGUCGUUUACCCAUGGGUCGACCAAGGGUGUCAGUAUUAGGCAAACCAUUGCCGAUAUGCAGUGUACUUAUAGUGUUAGCUGUAAGACCUCCUCGGAGAUCAAUCUGACCCGGUGUGAGCGAUUUGAUCCCACCGGAAAUGGACAGAAAUUUUGGAACGAUCUUAAAGAUAACGGGUGCUUGACGGAAAAGUCUGCGGAUGAAAAUUCGAAAGCCAAAGACUUAGCUGUCGGUGUGAGCGCACAAAUUCUAGUACAAUCGGAAAGCAGCUCCGAGUUGGAAUUUGCUCUAGUCUGGGAUAUGCCAAAGGUACACUUCACCAAAAGAACUAAAGAGUACUAUAAGUAUUAUACCAAAUAUUUUGGGAAAUCGGGAGAUGCUGGGCCCAUUAUCGCUGAUUAUGCACUCCAAAACUACGGCAAAUGGGAAUCGCUGAUAGACGAAUGGCAACGACCUAUUCUUGAGGAUAGUGACCUUCCUGACUGGUACAAAAGUGCCAUAUUUAACGAAUUGUACUAUAUCGCAGACGGAGGAAGUGUCUGGUUGACCGUUGAAGACACCGAGCUACCCUACGACGAUCCCAGAUUAGCCUACGGUCGAUUCGCUUAUCUGGAAGGGCACGAGUAUCGCAUGUACAACACGUAUGACGUUCAUUUCUAUGCGUCGCACGCCCUAGCUAGUCUGUGGCCAAAUCUGCAAGUAAGCUUGCAGUACGACUACAAGGAUUCGAUCUACCGGGAAAUUUCGGAGGGCCGGAAACAUUUGUACGAUGGCAAGAUCAUACCUAGGAAGAUAAAAGAUUCGGUGCCUCAUGAUUUGGGAGAUCCAGAGGAGGAACCCUUCGAUCUGAUCAAUGCCUAUCCGGUGCAUGAUGUGUCCGAGUGGCGGGAUCUGAACACCAAGUUCAUCAUGCAGGUCUACCGGGACUACUACAAUCUGAACCACUACGCCCAGUUGAAUGCGGAAAACGCUAGCAAAUUUAGCUCGAUCGAGUUCAUUGACAAAGAAAGCAUGUACGAGAUGUACAUCCAGGACAAUCGCAAUAAAGUAUCGCCGGACGAGAAGGGGCAGGAGAAGAAAUCCGCUUCGAUGUAUAUUAAUGAGACCAAUGGGAAGGUUUACCUUAUGGAUGCCUUGACGUAUUUGAAGAGCAUGUAUCCGGCCUGUAAACUGGUGUUGGAAAAGACACUGGAGUGGGAUACGGAUAAUGACGGGUUGAUUGAAAACUCCGGAGCUCCAGAUCAGACAUACGAUACGUGGGUUAUGGAUGGGCCCAGUGCCUAUUGCGGUAGUCUCUGGUUGGCAAGCUUACAUUUUAUGUCUGUGAUGGCCAAUCUAUUGGACCAAUCUGAAGACUGUAUCAAGUAUCGGGAAUUGUUGGAAAAAGGUAAGGCCUCGUUUGAGGAAAAGUUGUGGAAUGGGUCGUAUUACAAAUUUGACGGGCAGAGUGCGUCCAAAAACUCUAUCAUGUCCGAUCAACUGUGUGGUCAUUGGUAUUUGCGAAGUUGUGGAUUCGAUUACGAUAUUCUACCAAAGGAGAAUGUAAGGACGGCGUUGAAGACAAUCUACGAUAACAAUGUGAUGCGGUUCUGUGGCGGUAAUAUGGGAGCAGUCAAUGGGUACAUCCCGAACAGUCAACCAAACAAAGACGGUCGGGCAGACGGAAGUUCCAUGCAGGGCGAAGAAGUUUGGACGGGAGUAACGUACGCGUUGGCCUCCACGAUGAUUCACGAGGGCAUGUUUACGGAGGCGUUCCAGACGGCCGGAGGAAUGUAUCAGACCAUGUCGGAGAAAAUCGGUAUGAACUUUGAAACACCGGAAGCGUUGUACGCCGAGCGAUACUAUCGGGCCAUUGGAUAUAUGCGUCCGUUGAGCAUCUGGUCUAUUCAAACUGCUUGGGAACAGAAGAAACUCCGCAGGGACUAAGAAAUGAAGCUCUAUAGCAUGUUUGUGCAAUGUUCUUAUUAUGUGUUAAGUGAAAUGUUGAUUCCAUUUUAGGCUUUAGAUUAGUCAAUUUUUGUUAGUGACAAUGUGUAACCGUUCUAGGAUAGAUUAUUCCUGUUGUCGGUUUUUGCAGGUUCGCAUUUUGUUUUAAGAAGCUAUUUGUUUUAUUGUUUAAUAUAUUACCUGAUAUUAUUUUAUUUUUUUUAUCUUUACUACCAUUAAUUAAAACUGACGUGAAAAUGUAGACGAGUCAAAAAAAACAAAAAAAAUAAAUCCUUAAUGUAAGAAAUUUUAGAACUGCUAAACGGAAACAAGAAACCAUUGCACAAUGCUUUAUUAUUCUGACCAAUUUUCGAAGCUAUGUAUGUAGGUAAUCUACUUCAACCCAUCACCAUAUGAAACAUCUCCAGAAUGUAUCGUUCUUGGCUACAACUUAAACCUUGAAUCCUCAUUCCUAUUAAACAUUCUGUUUGAUACUUGUCUUAAUGUUGAGUCAAUUAUUUCCAAUUAGAUUGAAUCAGGGAUUUGUGGGGGGAUUCAGGGAUUAUUUCAUAUAAACUAUACUUUACGGAGUUUUUCACAAACCUUAUUGCCAUAUCUCAAACAAACUCAUUUAUUAUAGCGAGCUUAUAUCCACUGUAAUCUUUUAGCAAUACGAGAAAAGCACAAAUCCCAUCGAACCAUGCCACCUAGAAGUAAUCUGUCAUGAUCAACUUGUUUUAAUCUAAAAUUAUAGGUUUUCCCUUCCAAUAGCACAAUGUACAAUAAAGUCUUUUUUAUAAGUAGAACUUUUGAGCCAAAAUCUAAAAUGAAUAGUAUUUUUUUACGCCAUCCCACAAAAUUAACUUAAUCUUUACAUUAAAUAGGCUAUCUUAUCUAAUUGUAGGUGUGUUUGAUUCGAGCAAAUCGAAAUUUGAUCGUGCUAACGCUUUUUUAAAAGGCCUGUAUACUAAUAAUAAGUUUUUGCAAUUUGAAGAAGAAUCAAAUUCUUCCAGACAUCUUUCAACAUUUUGGUGCUCAAUUUAGCAUUGUUUUGAAUCUUUGUUUCUUCUCAAUAUUUGACCAAAUUCACAUUUUUUUUAAACAACGUGUUAUUUUAACUUUUUUAUAUACCCUUAACGUUUAACGGCUCAUAAUGUAAAAAGGUGCAAAACUGAUAUGCUAUAAGCAAAACUAACAAAUUAACAUGUUAAGUGUAACUUGGCAUCAAAAAUUGGCAAUCGUAAGUUCAAAGGUUUUCUCAAUGUAAUCCCAUGUAAACGAAUGAAUAAAUAAUAGAAAAAAACGUGAUCUAAAUGUUGCAGAGAGCUUCGAUAUAUUUUGCAUCUAUUGAACCAGAACUUUCAUAUUUACGCUAUAAACAGCAAAUUGAUUGACACAACCUUUAUUAAUCGCUAGAAAACAGGAAAACGAUGAAAAAGGCAAACGUACAAGAAUGGAAGGUUUCAACUGUAAACAUUACAAAAAAAACUGUACCCCAUCAUCUUACUUCUGUUUGAAAGAAAAGCACACUAAUAUUUAGAAAACACUUGUGACAAAAGGAUGCUAUUUUUCUAACGCGGUGCUUGGCAAUUGCAAAGUAUUAAUAAGCGGAAUUCGACAAAAAAAAAGCAUAGCCGUGAUCAGUUCAGUGUGAUGCUAUUAUAUAAAACAAAACAAAAUACACUUACAAAUAAAGAAUUGAAUCUAUUUCUACACCGAGAAUUGCUGUUUGAAAUGAAUUUGACUAUGCAAUUUAUAUGUUACAAAAUUAUGAUUAAAAGUGUAACCAUCAACUGUACCCAGUAAAAACAUGUGUAAAUGUGCACAAAAAUAUAAAAAAAUGUCU